AUAUACAUAUAGUUGUAUGAAAGCGAUGGACGUAUCGGUGGACAGCGGGGGCGGCGGUGAUGACGACCACGAGUUGGGCGACCACUCGAGCGGCGAGGACUCGGCUACCGGUGCCGACGUCGCCGCCACGGAGCCCGACAACGACCUGACGAACCUGACGUGGCUUCAGGACAGGAAUCUCUUGCAGAACAUGCAGGUGUGCGGCGCCCCUCACGAGACCACACGACUCCCGGGGCUCGACGACGUGGAGGACAACGAGAACGUGUCGCCCCCGCCGCCCGCCGACCCCUUACAGGCCGGGGACGGCGCGACGGCUAAUAGUAAGGGUAUGACGAGCGUACCGCCGGUGACGUACAACCCGCACCUGCACCGCAACGCCAAACCUCCCUAUUCGUUCAGUUCGCUCAUAUUCAUGGCCAUCGAGUCCUCGCCUAAUAAAGCCCUUCCCGUCAAAGACAUCUACCAGUGGAUUGUCGAGCACUACCCCUAUUACCAGACGGCGCCCUCAGGCUGGAAAAACACCGUAAGACACAACCUGAGUCUCAAUAAGUGUUUCCGCAAACUGGACAAAGCGAACGACGAUUUACUACCGGUGCGUAUGGGAGCCCAGGGAUGGCAUACACACAGACAGUUAUUUAUUGCGGGCAAAGGGAGCCUCUGGUGCGUGGAUCCCGACCUCCGGCCCAACCUAUUGCAAGCCGUACGUCGCACGCCGGCCCACAUCUACCCUUACAUGUCGUUAGCCAAGACUAAUGCGGUCGUAUCGCCGCCCAGAAUACAACUGUCCAGUCAUAGCAAUAACUCUUCGCAACCUAGCGUUAAGAAAGCGUUAUCCGCGGAACGCGUCCAAUCGGUGGUCAAUAUUCCAUCGCCUAAUUUGUUCCCAUUUUUGUCCAGAAGACUGUUGAUCCCCAUCACGAAGAUUAUCAAAAAAGAGAAGGAGACGGACGCCGCGGUCUCGAUGCUGACCCUCCAGUCCAACGUCAACAACACCGGCAAUACCGGCGCCGCCGUUCGCGAUAAGUACGGGAACCGGCGUUUU